AUGCCCUCUCCAUCCAGCGGGUCCCUGGCAGCUGAGACUCUCUGGGCUGCAGGCAAGGAGGACUGGGUCAGGCAUCAGAAAGGACCUCCUGGCUGGACAGCUGGGUGCCAGGGCUCAGGAAGGAGGAAUGCCUCUCAGGCCUUGUCUCUCACCUCCUCAACUCCCAAUGCCUGUCAAGAGCCUUGGGGAGCCCACUGGCUCCUGCCCCUCACUGACAAGAAGCCAGAAAGCCCCCUGCCCCCUCCCUCACCCUCCCUAGAAGGCCCUGGGGCUCACCUGGCUGCAGGGAGCCUAGGCCCCUUCUUAAUGAGCCAGAGAUACUUGCAUGGCAUACAAGCUUCUUGGCAAGAUGAGUUUGAUUUCGAAACCUACACCAGCUUCACGGUGCAGGCUCCCGUUCACUGCGGCCACUUCAUUGAAACGUCAUUCUUCUCCAUCCUGGAACUGCGACCCAGAGCUGUGCAUGGGCAAAGGAGUGGCCAGUCAGCUCCAGCUGCACCCGGUGCCAGCCAAGAGUCCCCUGACCAGUUGUCUGACCCCCUCUCUGUCUCUGAGCUCCCGAAGCUGCUGCUGCAGCCACAUAGUGGCAAAGCGCAAGGAGUGGACCAGGCAGUGACCACAGCAUGGCCUUGUGCCAAGCCCUGGCUGGCCCCACCUGUCUUCAUCGCUUCCCUUUGCCUACUGAGGAAAGUGCCAACCUGUCUGCCCAGCAUUGAUGGCCUUCCCAAGACCGGUGCCACCUUGCCUUUCCAGAUCCAGCUCCUACUAACUCCCCACCAUACAUCCCUUUCACCAGCCAAGCUGGACCAGGCUCUGGCCUCCAUACCAGCUCUGGGCUUUCAGGUGGUCAGCCUGGAGGACAAUUACUUUGCCAACAAACUACACCAGAGAGAGAAGAGGGCCCUGACAUUGGGCAGCAGGACAGGGUCUCAGACAACCACAGGCCCUGAGGCUGCAGUAUCCUUGGCCAAGGAGGAGAAAAAGGACCUUCCUUCCAGGCACACUGACCUUGCCGGGGCAGCAGAGGAGAAGAAGCCAUGGGCCCUCCUGCCCCUGGGCCCAGCCUGCAAUCUCUGGUGGGCUGCAUUGUGGCCCCUGGGCAGGACGGAUCCCUCUGGGGUGGUGCUGCCAGCCUCUGAGGCCACCCAAUCAAAGAAGGGUUCCAAGUCUAGGGUCUUCCCUGACCCCCUGAACCGAGGCUGGUGCUCGACGUGGGGUGGGGGACAUUUCUCCACCUUUGACAAACACCUCUAUGACUUUUCUGGGACCUGCAACUACAUCUUUGCUGCCGUCUGCAACGACGCCUCCCCCGACUUUGACAUCCAGCUGCGCAGGGGCGGGGACAGGAAAAUCUCCAGGAUCAUCAUUGAGGUGGGGCCCUCGGUCAUCAUUGUGGAGAACUCGGUCAUCUCCAUUAAGGAUGCUGGGGUGGUCAGCCUGCCCUACACCUGCAAUGGGAUCCAGAUUAUGCCCUUUGGGCAGAACGUACGGCUGGUGGCAAAGCUCCUGGAGAUGGAGCUGGUGGUGAUGUGGAAUGACGAUGACUAUCUCAUGGUCAUGGUGGAGACAAAGUACAUGAAGAAGACCUGCGGAUUGUGCGGGGACUUUGACAGAGAAGAAACUAAUGAGUUUCAGAGCGAAGGUGGCAAGUUUCUGGAGCCAUAUGAGUACGCCGCCCUGCAGAAGCUGGAUGACCCCACGGAGAUCUGUGCCUAUGAGGAGCUGCCCAUGGCCGACAGGAUGCCCAGGAACCAUACCCAGCUCUGUCUCCAGCUGCUGACUCAGGUCGGUCCCAACUGCAAUGUGUCCAAGGCCGCCUUCGCUGCCCGCUGCCAGCUGGACCUGGAGACCUGCCCCGAGCCAGCCCGGCCCAACUGCAGCUGCCCCACACUGUCCGAGUACUCUCGACAGUGCUCCAUGAGUGGCCAGCAGGUUAACGACUGGAGGAGGCCCAACUUCUGCUCGCUGGGGGAGUGUCCUGCCAACCAGGUCUACCAGGAGUGUGGGAUGCCCUGCAUGAAGACAUGCUCCAACCCAGCACACAGCUGCCCCAGCUUCUGCACCUUUGGCUGUUUCUGCCCUGAAGGUAUGGUACUUGAUGACAUCUCCAAGAACCAGAGCUGUGUCUCCAUCGAUCAGUGCCCUUGCACGUUUAACAAAGCCAUCUAUGCCCCUGGAGAAGUCCUGAAAGCCACCUGCAGAACCUGUCAGUGCACCUCAGGCCAGUGGAUCUGCACCGAGCUGCCAUGUCCAGGCCGAUGCUCCCUGGAGGGGGGAUCCUUCGUCACCACUUUUGACUCCCAGCCGUACCGCUUUCAUGGGACCUGCACCUACAUCCUAGUCAAGAGCCCAAACCUGCCCAACAAUGGGACCCUCAUGGCUGUGUACGACAAAUCUGGCUACUCUCACUCAGAGACUUCGCUCACAGCUGUCAUCUACUCAUCGACCAAGGACAAAAUCAUGAUUUCGCAAGAUGAGCUUCUCACAGAUGAUGGGGACAUCAAGUGGCUACCAUAUCAAACAGGUGACAUCACAGUCUUCAGGCAGACCUCCACCCACCUCCAGAUGGCCACCACCUUUGGGCUGGAGCUGGUGGUGCAGCUUCGGCCCGUCUUCCAGGUCUAUGUAAAAGUUGGCCUCCAGUUUAAAGGCAAUACCCGAGGACUCUGUGGAAACUACAACGGAGACACAACAGACGACUUCCUGAGCAGCAUGAAUAUUAUUGAGGGCACAGCCUCCCUCUUUGUGGACUCCUGGAGGUCAGGAAACUGCCCCAAUGCCCUGGAGCGCGAGACAGACCCCUGCUCCAUGAGCCAGCUCAACAAGAUGUGUGCAGAGACCCACUGCUCCAUGCUGGUGAAGACAGGGACGGUGUUUGAGGCUUGUCAUGCGGUAGUGAACCCGACCCCCUUUUACAAGAGAUGUGUCUACCAAGCUUGCAACUACGAGGAGACCUUCCCCUAUAUCUGCUCAGCCCUGGGCUCCUAUGCCCGAAUGUGUGCCUCCAUGGGGCUCAUCCUGACCGACUGGAGAAGUACUGUGGACAACUGCACCGUCUCCUGCACUGGGAACCAGACCUUCAGUUAUGACAGCCAAGCCUGUAACCGGACCUGCCUGUCCCUUGCUGACCACACCCUCGAGUGCCACCCCAGUGACAUCCCAGUAGAUGGCUGUAACUGCCCAGAAGGCACCUACCUGGACCACAGAAGUGAAUGUGUCCGCCAGUCCCGAUGCCCCUGUUUCCUGGAAGACCAGAAGUUUAUUCUGGCUGAUCAGUCCACCAUCAUCAGUGGAAUUCCUUGCUACUGCGUUAACGGAAGGCUGAGCUGUACUGGCAAACCUCCAGAUCCCUCAGAGUCCUGUAAGGCCCCCAAGAAAUAUCUGUCCUGCUCUCAGUCUUCAGACAGUAAAUAUGGUGCUGCAUGCGCUCCCACCUGCCAGAUGUUAGCCACUGGGACUGAUUGUGUACCCACCAAAUGUGAGUCCGGUUGUGCCUGUGCUGAGGGACUCUACGAGAACCUGAAUGGGGACUGUGUGCCGCCCGACGACUGCCCCUGUGAGUUUGGAGGCCUUUCUUACAACAGAGGAGCCCAGAUCCAAAGCGAGUGCGAGACGUGCACCUGCAUGCGGGGAAAAUGGCAAUGUUUGAAGAAAGACAAGUGCUCCUCCACCUGCACCCUCUACGGGGAGGGCCACCUGACCACCUUUGAUGGGCAGCGUUUCGUGUUUGACGGGAACUGCGAAUAUGUCCUGACUACGGAUGGUUGUAGCACCAACAAUUCUCAUCCCACCUUCAAGAUUGUGACAGAGAAUGUCAUCUGUGGGAAGUCAGGGGUCACCUGCUCUCGGGCCAUCAAACUCUUUCUUGGGGACCUGUCCCUCCUGCUAUCGGACGCCUCGUACACCAUCACGGGGACGAACCCCCAGGUACAAAUCCAGGUGAAAAAGAACGCUCUGCACCUGAUGUUUGAUGUCAUCAUUCCCAGCAAGUUCAACCUGACUCUUAUCUGGAACAAACACAUGAGCGUCUUCAUCAAGGUGUUCCGGGACUCUCAGGAUCCCCUGUGCGGCUUGUGUGGGAAUUAUAAUGGUAACAUGAAGGACGACUUUGAGGCCCGCAGCAAGUACGUGGCCUCCAGCGAGCUGGAGUUUGUGAACUCCUGGAAGGAGAAUCCCCUGUGUGGCGACAUCAGCUUCGUGGUGGAGCCCUGCCUCCAGAAUCCCUACCGGAAGGCGUGGGCCGAGAAGAAGUGCGCCAUCAUCAAUAGCAACACGUUCUCUGCCUGUCACAGCAAGGUGUACCGGAUACCUUACUACGAUGCCUGCGUGCGUGAUGCCUGCGGUUGUGACUCAGGAGGAGAUUGCGAGUGCAUGUGUGAUGCCGUGGCAGCCUAUGCCAAGGCGUGCUUGGACGUGGGUGUCUGUGUCGACUGGAGGGCUCCAGACUUCUGUCCUCUCUAUUGUGACUUCUUCAAUACCCACAAACUCAUCGAUGGAGAUGGCAGCUACCAGUACACAAGGGAAGCCAACUGUACAUGGCAUUACCAGCCUUGCCUCUGCCCAUUCCAGUCCCAGAGUAACAAAUACAUCAACAUUGAAGGCUGCUAUAACUGCACUCAGGACCAGUACUUUGACCAUGAGGAGGGGCGAUGUGUGCCUUGCUGCCACCAGCCCAGAAUCCUUGCUACCCACAAAGCAGACAGGCCCAGAUUUGUGGGCACAAGGCUCUCCAAAGAGGCUAUCAAGCAAGUCCCCAGGUUCGAGCCUCAAAAGGCCCUGUCCUCUGAGCUGCAGGCAGGGCCUUCAUCAGGACCCUCUGGGUCUUUUGGAAAGGCAAGAAAAAGCAGAGGCCCCAGGGACGGACAGACAGAGGCUUGGACCAUGAGGGCUUUGGCCCAGGAAGCUUUCCAGGUGCCCCCUCCCACCCUGCCUCCCUCCUCAGACAUCCCCUUUGCCAGCAUCCCUGCUGACCUCCUCCCACCGCCAUUACGCCCACAUUUCCCACUCUCCUCCAUGACCUGGCUGAAGUACUUCUCCCGACUCCAUCAGCGGACACAGCAGGUGAAUGUAGCACCACUAAAUGUCCAGAUGACUCAGGCACCCUUCUCAGCCCUGGCCCCUGCCCCAUGCUGCAGGGGAGGUCUUGACAGGCCUGGAGCACAGUGA